CACAGUGCAGAGAUGCGCCACCCGGGCUGUCGCCCAGCGUUGCGUUUCGCCUUCCCGCCGGCGAGAGGAGCUCCAGGGCUUCCAAGGGGAAGGGUCGGGAAAGUUACUUUUCUCUGCAGAGCAGAUGAUGGCGGCAGCGCGGAUGGCAGGUCAGGCGUUUGCUGCCUUUCCCCCUCUUUACUUGUUGACUGGACGCGGGGAGGAAGGAAGGUUUCUGGCCUUGGGAAGCCACGAAUGGACGGGCGACUUGAAGGCACAAACCCCGGCCUCCCCCAAGGUGAACGCGUUCAGGCUGCAGCUCGAAGGAGACCUCGCCGUGGGGGGAGGCCUGGCUCUGUGCCUUCAGCCGCAUGUUGACUGUGGGCUUCAGAGGGUUUUCUCAAGCAGGGAACACAUUCCGAGGUGGCUUGGCUUUCUCUAUUACACCGAGUAAUUUGAUUUGUUCAAAUGACCUAGUUUGAAAGAAGGGGAAAAGCAUUGUUCUAAGAGUCUGAACUAGGACCUUGGUAACAGAAAAGGAAGCAAUCGGUACUAGGUUUGGAGGAACCCUGCAGGCCAGCCUUUGGACAUGUGCAGCCAGACUUGGUCUCAGAGAUGAGGUUCCUGGUCCCCUGGGGCCACAUUGCCGCCAAGGCGUGGGGGUCUCCCCAAGGCCGACCUGUGCUCUGUUUGCAUGGUUGGCUGGACAACGCAAACACUUUCAACAAACUAAUCCCCUUGCUCCCAAAAGAUUGCUAUUAUGUAGCAAUAGAUUUUGCAGGGCAUGGUCUGAGCUCCCACCGGCCAGCUGGGUAUCCGUACCAUGUAGAAGACUACAUGGGUGAUGUGCGUAGAGCAGCAGCAGCACUGAAAUGGAGUCGAUUUAGUCUGCUGGGUCACAGUAUGGGUGGAACCAUUGCAUGCAUGUUCUCAUAUGUUUUCCCUGAAAUGGUGGACAAGUUGAUCCUGGUGGAGUCGACUGGCUUUUACCCAAGAGCUCAGAAAUGGGAGAACUAUCUAAUUGAGAGCCGGACAGCCGUUGAGAAUAUGCUCAAUAUGGAGGCCAAGCAACACCAGUCUCCCAAAGUGCGCAGCUCUGAAGAGGCCCUUCAGAGGUUGCUAGAGGCAAACGAUCACCUAACAGAAGAAAGUGGGAAGAUCUUGCUGGAGCGAGGAGCUACCAAAGUGCCAGGAGGUUUGGUUUAUAGCAGAGACGUAAGAGCCACCUCGCAUGUCAACUCUCCUGCACCUCUACAAUAUCAAGCGAAUUACGUGAAAAAAAUCCAGGCUGAUGUGCUGAUGAUUGUAACACAAGAUGGGUUGUUUGGAAUAGGAGCCAUUUAUUAUGACAGUUUAGCGAUCAUUUCAGAAGCAUUCAGAGCCUCAUGCAAACAGCAUUUUCAGUUUGUUAAUAUUCCUGGGAAUCACUUUAUCCACCUCAAUGAGCCUGAAUUUGUGGCUGGGAUCAUCAGCACCUUUUUAAACAAGAAUAAAAGUCUCAAAGCAAAUUUAUAAUCAAGACUGUCUUAAGAGCAGAAGGAAUAAGCACUGUGCGAGGUUGUACAGAAAAAUCUACUGGUGUUUUGGUCCAACUACAAAAUGUCUAUGGAGUUGUUUUGGUUUCACCUUACUAAAUUGCUCAGUUGUGUGCAGUUCUUUCUGUGUGUCUUAAUUUGAUUUAAGAGGGAUCAGUGGUGAGCAGGGUACUAAGCAAUUCAGAUACCUUCUAGUAGUGUUCCUGCCAUUGCAAACAAGCAAUUUAAGUCUAUACAGACUAGCAGUUAAUGCAAUAAAGAGAAAGUGUUUGCUGUUUGUGUUGGUUUGUUAAAUUCUACUUGGCAAAGGGGUAGUGGAGAGUGAUGGUAGGAUAGCACAUCUAUAUGAUGGCGGGGAAGUACAGAACUGGGAAGAGAUCCUGGCUGAGAAAGAUGGUACGUUAUUUAUCUUUCUAUGCUACUAUAUUUACAUCCAAAUAGGUGGCUUGGUAUUUAGGAUUCAGAUCCAAUUUCUGAACGUUUCUUCAUCCUUUUGAGAAGGGAAAUAUCCAUACCAGUUAUUUCAUGGUGAAAUCAGUAUCUCAAAUUCCCAAAUGUGAUUAUGAACUCAAUAAAGUUUGACCCUUGAGCUAAUGUAUCAAAUAAAAGGUGGCACUGUCACAGCCAGCAAGUCUUCAGUGUCUUUACAAUGGGAAAUCUGUUUCUCCAGUUAUCAUGAACUGUUUUAAGGGUUACUAUAAAGUAAGAGUGGGCAAACAUCUGAAGUAUAGGGGCCACAUGUCCUCAGUCUCAGUUUUCUGGUAUUUACUUGUGCUUCCCCUUCAUAUGGUGCAGCAAGCAUUUUUCCUAUGAUGGAAUGUGUAUAGCAAAACCGACCAACUGCUUGUUAACAUUAGGCAAGCUCCCACUCUGUUAGUUUUUAGGAAAGAAUUGAAAACAUGGCUCUUCCGCUGUGCUUUCGGGGAGUAAUUUCUGUUAUAUAUCUCCGUAUUACUCCCCUCCGAACAUCUAUCCUCUAGAUUACCCCUUCCAAAUGUCCCUGCCCAUAGUGGAGUACUCCUCGGUCCCUCUCACUCCGGGUUUUAUCUCUGUGUUCACGCGGCCUGCCCUUGCUUUAUUGUUUUUUGAUUUCUUGAUGUUCUGUUUAUUCUUAUUUAUUGUAUUUUAAAUGGUGCUAUGAUAUGUUGUUUUUAUAUUUUAUUAUGUUGUAUUGCUCUGGGCAUGGCCCCAUGUUAGCCGCCCCAAGUCCCCAUUGGGGAGAUGGUGGCGGGGUAUAAAUAAAGUUUUAUUAUUAUUAUUAACAUGCCAAUAAUCUAUGGUGAGCUUUGGUUAUAAUUUAAUAGUUUUGUGUGUUGUUGUGUAGAGCAGCUCUUCUUAAGAUUAAUUUUGUGGACCUUUCCCAGCAAACCACAUGCAAAUGUGAGAAAGUGGCAAAGUAAUGAAGACAGAGAAACCAAGAUUAUGUUUGUAACAUGUAAAAAUGUAUUUACAAUCAAAGGUAUGUGUUUACAACACCUGAAAAUUGUAUUUGAAGCGCUCAUGCUUUGUGGAAAGCACUAGAUGAAUAAGAAUUAGUUCACUCAAAUAUCAAUUUCAGAACUAUCAGCAUUACAUGCCUUUAUCAAACAAGAAGCCUGCAUUUCUUCAAGACCAAGUUGCUCUGUCACAGUCCAUGAAAUAUUGAAGAAAAAGGGGAUAUCUGAUCUGACUUCCUGUACUAUCACAAAACCCUCUCGACAGUUUUUUCCUGUGGCUACCAUUCUUUUAGGAACAGCUCUGCAACUCAGUAUGGCCGAAACUUCCGCUGGGCACGCAUUAGUGCAAUUUUCUGCUUGUCCUCUUCAAAUUUCUUCCUUAGUUGGGCUAUAUCUGAAAUACAAGAGACAUUAAAUCACAAAGGAGCUAUGAAGGUAAGAGAUGCUAUCUAACACUACUGUCCUUUGUUUUAAGACCUCUAGCUGAGUGCAAAUUCUUGUACCUACAAAACAAUGAGCUUCAGAUAGUUUCAGAAAAUAAGGUUAUCUGUAAGAAAUAAUCUGAAACCCCACUUUCUUUUGCACUCCCACUUUUGGUUAUAUACUUAAAAGAAUAAAUAAUAAAGGGAAAGUAUUAUCUUUCUCAUCAUCUCUCUAUGGUCAUACAUUUGAUUCGUGCUGUAACUCCACUCUCCCUGCCUAUUCUGCUGGGAAUUAAAGCAUCCACCCUGUUUCCCCAAAAAUAAGACAUCCCCUGAAAAUAAGACCCAUUAGAGGUUUUGCUGAAUUGCUAAAUAUAAGGCCUCCCCCAAAAGUAAAGUUCCUAGCAAAGUUUUUGUUUGGGACCAUGCCCGCCAAACAUUCUAUAGAUUGUUGUACAUGGAAAUAAUUGUAGUAACAAGAAAUUCUUGAUAGAAUUCAGUUUGGUUAUGCUGGUUUGUGAUGACAACUACAGUACAGUACAGUACAGUAUAUAAUAAAUGUUCAAUUUUUUUGUUUGACAAUAAAUGUGAAUUCUUCUUUGUGGAAAAAUAAAACAUCCCCUGAAAAUAA